CAUCCACUCAAACUUAUCUCAUUACACUCUCACUCACCUCAUUAUCAUCACCCUCACCGAUAUGUUCGCCAGGAUUCUAGCGGCGCCAUUGCUUUGCGCUGCUCUGGUGCAGUCUGCCCCGCUUACCGCGCGCAACGAGCUGUUUGCGCGAAAACUUCUUGGUUCUUCCUUCGGCGUCCCGCAGGAUGCGACAUUCGAUUACGUCGUCGUUGGCGCCGGCAACGCUGGACUGACAGUGGCUGCACGGCUUGCCGAGGACCCUAGCGUGUCUGUUGCAGUCAUCGAAGCUGGCAGCUUCUACGAAAUCGAGAACGGAAACUUGAGCCAGAUCCCCGCUUACGAUACCAAGUGGACUGGUAAAGAUGCUGGUGAUGUGAACCGCGUUGACUGGGGAUUUGUGACGACUCCGCAAGAGGAGCUGUUGGACAAGAAGGUCCACUACGCCCGCGGAAAGACGCUGGGCGGCAGCACAGCGCGAAACUACAUGGCGUACCACCGCGGGACGGAGGGCACGUACAAGAAAUGGGCCGAGCAGGUGGGGGAUUCGAGCUACACCUUCGAGAACUUUGCGCCAUUCUUCGAGAAGAGCUUGAACUUCACUGCACCCAAAGACAGCCGUGCCUCGAAUGCCACGCCCGAGUACGACUCGGAUACACUCGGCAAGGGCGACGGUCCACUGUCGUUGACUUUCUCCAACUACGCGAAUGCCAUGGCCUCGUGGGUGCAGAAGGGGUUUUCUGAGAUAGGCAUUCUGCCUCAGAAGGGCUUUACGAGCGGUCAACUGAACGGAUCUUCCUAUGUUCUCGAGAACAUCGACGCUACUCUACAGACCCGCGAGUCGUCCGAAACUGCCUUCCUUGAGCCCGCUCUGGAUAAGACGUCGCUGAUGGUGUACCAAUCGACAUUGGCCAAGAAGAUUCUCUUCGACUCUGAAAAGAAGGCAAUCGGCGUUCUUGUGGAUUCCGAUGGGCUUCAAUACACCCUGUCCGCCAACAAAGAAGUCAUUGUCUCGGCCGGCGCAUUCCAAUCUCCGCAGCUCUUGAUGGUGUCCGGUGUAGGCCCCAAGGCCACUCUCGACAAGCACAACAUCCCCAUCGUCGCCGACAGGCCUGGCGUCGGGCAAAACAUGUGGGACCACGUGCUGAUGGGCCCAAGCUACCGAGUCAACGUAAUCACGUCGUCGGCGCUUUCGGACCCGGCGUUCCUGGCCGAGGCCGAGCAGCUGUACAACGAGCGACAGGAAGGCAUUCUGACGAACUCGGGCGGCGACUUCCUAGCCUGGGAGAAGAUCCCGGCGCAGAUGCGCGUGGCGUUCGACAACGACACGCUCGGGGCCCUGGCGUCGCAGUUCCCGGCCGACUGGCCCGAGGUCGAGUACCUGAGCAUGAGCGGGCACUUGGGGUACCAGGAGAACUACGCACGCGACGCCCCCAACGACGGGUAUAACUAUGCGACCGUGUCGACGGCGUUGGUUGCGCCGCUCUCGCGCGGUACCGUUGAUAUUGCGUCGGACGACAUGGCUGACGCGCCUGUUAUCGACCCGCGCUGGCUCUCGCAUCCCGCUGAUAGGGCUGUUGUCGUUGCUGGCUACAAGCGCGUGCGCGAGAUGUUUUCCUCCAAGGCCAUGGCGCCCGUCCUGAUCGGCUCAGAGUACUUCCCGGGCGAGGAAGUCAAGUCCGACGACGAGAUCCUCGACAUUAUCCGCAAGACGGUGAGCACCGUGUACCAUGCCGCGUGCACGUGUAAGAUGGGUCGCGAGUCGGAUAAAAACGCCGUGGUGGACACGAAGGCGCGUGUUUUUGGUGUGGAGGGCUUGCGCGUUGUCGACGCGUCGGCCUUCCCGAUUCUCCCUCCCGGCCAUCCUGUUGGCACUAUUUACGCCUUGGCUGAGAAGAUUUCCGACGACAUUUUGAACAAAAAGGAAUAA